AUUAGGCGCCGACACCCUGGGGCUGCCCUGCUUGGACUCUGCACGUAGUAGCCUCAUCACCGAACUAUAUUUCCCGGCAGCCCGAGCGCCCAGAGCGGCGUCGGAGGCGCGCCCCACGCGGCAACUUUUCGCUUCCGCGGACCAGAUGGAGGCUGGCUUCAGCCACCUCCGGAGAAAGGUGCUGUGAAAGUAGGACAUGGGGAAGGGCCGCAGCCCCCCACGCCCAGUUGAAGCAGCGGGCCCGCGUUGCUGUCGUGAGAGAGGCCAAGAGGAAACCAUUGUGGGCACAGUGGUAGCUACUGUGGAGGGGCAAGAGGUACAGAGGUCGUCAAGGUGCAUGGUGCGAGGAGGUGGAAUGAAGACAAAUCCUCACCUUCAGGUGUUAGGGAAGGCACCCCUUGGUGGUAUUUGCCUUCGCCACAGUGCCAAGCGGGACCGGAAGUCCAUCACCUUGCAUGUGAAGUUGGAGGUGCUUCGGAGGUUUGAAGAAGGUGAAAAGUUGACACAGAUUGCUCGGACUCUAGGGCUAGCCACCUCCACUGUUGCCUCAAUCCAUGUCAACAAGGACAAGAUCCGAGCUAAUUCUCAGGCAGCUAUACCCAUCAGUGCCAAGCAGCAGACCCGCUGCCGGGGUGUGGUGAUGGGUCAUUUGGAACGUCUGCUGAGCCUGUGGAUUGAGGAGCAGAAACAGCAUAACCUGCCUGUCAGCACACUGCUCAUCCAGGACAAGGCACGACAUCUCUUUGCUCAGCUGCAGCAUGAGCAGGGCAUUGGUGCCCAGGCUGAGACCUUUGGGGCCACAAUGUACUACUGA